AUGCUUUGGCUGCCUGCGCGCGCCGCCGGCAUCGUCCAGCACGCGGUUCUGCUCGGCUUGCCCGCCUCCUCCGACCCUGCACGGUGGCGGCGGCUUCGCCGCGUCGUCGCGGGCCGGCUGGUCAACUGCUACCGCCCGGACGACCUCGUCCUCUCCCUCGCCCACCGCGCCGCGCAGCUCAAGGCGUUUGGUGUCGCCGGCCUUAGCCCGGUCCCGGCGGGCGCGGGCGUCGAGUCGUACAACGUGUCGCGGCUCGUGCGCGCGCACCACCGCUACCGCUUCACCGUCGGGCCGGUGCUGCGGCACGUGGGGCUCACGGAGGACUGA